CGCCGUUGGCUGUUCAGAGCGGUUUUGGCUCCUUCCCUUAGUAACAGCUUUUACAUUCUGCCUCAAUUCCUCUUCAAUCGAAAUCACACACGCACACACACAUAUAUACACACACUCAGGCGCGCACACAAAAAGCAUUACUUUUUUCCCCCUCCCCCCUCCUUUGAUUGCCUCCUCCUCCUCCUCCUCCUUCCUUGGGACUUAAUCUAUAAUUUCCCCCCACCGCUUCUCGCUUCCCAUCCCCCCCCUCCAGCAGCAUCAGCUCUCGCUCUCUCAACAUACACAUACAUACACACGCACACACACCCCUCACCCAGACUCGGGUCAUAAUUGAAUACAUUGCAUUUCCACCUCCCCCCCUUUCCCGGUGGCUACUUGAAGUCUUUUUUUUUUCCUCUCUUUUUCUUCCCUUCCCCCUUUGGGCUGCACCCGCAAUUGCAAACCCAUAUAUUAUACCUCUUAAGAGAAGGAGGAAGCUGCAUGAAAUAUUGCUCUAUGUGUGUCAGCGUGGGGGGCUUUUUCCUCCUCUUUUGCCUCCAUUGCAAAAGGAGGGGGGGCGGAGAGCCAUACUAAGCCAUCAAUUGCAAGUACCAUCUUCCUGUGAUAGGAGGCUCCUAAGAGGAAACCUUCUACUUAUCAAUGCACGACCAAUGGGUUAUAUCCUUCAUCGUGACCUCAUGGUUUAAGCGGGAAUAAAGAUGAGUAUAAGCAGUGAUGAGGUUAACUUCCUCGUAUAUAGAUAUUUGCAAGAGUCCGGGUUUUCUCAUUCAGCAUUUACCUUCGGUAUCGAGAGCCAUAUCAGCCAGUCCAACAUCAACGGUGCUCUGGUGCCCCCAGCUGCUUUGAUUUCAAUAAUUCAAAAAGGCUUGCAGUAUGUGGAGGCGGAAGUCAGUAUUAAUGAGGAUGGUACUUUGUUUGAUGGCCGGCCGAUAGAGUCUCUCUCGCUAAUAGACGCCGUGAUGCCCGAUGUGGUACAAACAAGGCAGCAGGCGUACCGAGACAAACUUGCUCAGCAGCAAGCAGCCGCGGCCGCAGCCGCAGCGGCUUCAACAAAUCAGCAAGGAUCUACAAAAAAUGGUGAAAAUACUGCAAAUGGAGAGGAGAAUGGAGCCCACACUAUAGCAAAUAAUCAUACAGAUAUGAUGGAAGUGGAUGGUGAUGUUGAAAUCCCACCUAACAAAGCAGUGGUGCUGCGGGGUCACGAAUCUGAAGUUUUCAUCUGCGCCUGGAACCCUGUCAGUGAUCUUUUGGCCUCAGGAUCUGGAGAUUCAACGGCAAGAAUAUGGAAUCUUAGUGAAAACAGUACCAGCGGAUCUACGCAGCUGGUGCUUCGGCACUGUAUACGAGAAGGAGGGCAAGAUGUACCAAGUAACAAAGAUGUAACAUCUCUGGAUUGGAAUAGUGAAGGUACGCUUCUAGCAACGGGAUCGUAUGAUGGUUUUGCAAGGAUAUGGACUAAAGAUGGUAAUCUCGCCAGCACAUUAGGACAGCAUAAAGGUCCCAUAUUUGCAUUAAAAUGGAAUAAGAAAGGGAACUUCAUUUUAAGUGCAGGUGUGGACAAGACCACAAUUAUUUGGGAUGCACAUACUGGAGAAGCCAAACAGCAGUUUCCUUUUCAUUCUGCACCAGCGUUAGAUGUUGACUGGCAGAGCAACAACACAUUUGCCUCCUGUAGUACAGAUAUGUGUAUUCAUGUCUGUAAAUUAGGUCAAGAUAAACCCAUCAAAACCUUCCAGGGCCACACAAAUGAAGUAAACGCAAUCAAAUGGGACCCCACUGGUAAUCUUCUGGCUUCUUGUUCUGAUGACAUGACUCUAAAGAUCUGGAGUAUGAAGCAAGAUAACUGUGUUCACGAUCUGCAGGCCCACAACAAAGAAAUUUAUACUAUCAAAUGGAGCCCGACAGGGCCAGGAACAAACAAUCCAAAUGCCAAUUUAAUGUUAGCAAGUGCAUCCUUUGAUUCUACAGUCAGGUUAUGGGACGUAGACCGAGGGAUUUGCAUCCAUACCUUGACGAAACAUCAAGAACCUGUGUACAGUGUAGCUUUCAGUCCUGAUGGUAGAUAUUUGGCCAGUGGUUCUUUCGACAAAUGUGUACACAUCUGGAAUACACAGACGGGUGCUCUGGUGCAUAGUUAUCGGGGGACAGGAGGCAUUUUUGAGGUUUGCUGGAAUGCAGCAGGAGACAAAGUUGGAGCAAGUGCUUCAGAUGGUUCAGUUUGCGUACUAGAUCUACGGAAAUAGCGCUACUAGUUGGAAGCCAUGGACCGACUAUGAAUGUGUACAUAGCCAAAAUGACUGUCCCCACGACCCAUGUACUGCUAUUGUCCCAACUGAACCAUGGCCAGUCCACUACAGCCAAACCUAAAAUAAUUAAAUACAUGUACUGUACAUUUUCUUUUUUUUAAAAAAAAAAGCAAAACAAUUAUACCCUGAAGAAGAUGACAGAGUGAUGUCACAGCUUGUGAAGCCUGUUCACCAAGUGCUGGAAUUUGCUGCAGUCCCCCACCCCCCCAAAAAAAACAUUGGAAGUGGGAGGAAAUUUAAAAAAAAAAAAAAAGCAGGACAAGAGAGAAAGAGAACCGAAUUAUGCAAGCAGCCCUUUGAGAGUAUCAGAUUGAGGAAAACUUAUGUAUGGUUUAUUCUUUCUCCUCUCUUCUUUCUCCUCUUUUCUUUAUUUUUGCCCUUUUUGAAACUUUUGUUUUUCCCUUCUUUCUGAUCCCUCCCUACCACCCCAAUAGGAAAUGAGCAGGGUGUUUUGUUUUUUUCAUGUAUAGGGAAAACAAACUUGCAUAUCCCUGCAACAGUGAUUGGUUCAUUGCUUCUUCCCGUUGCGCUCUUAAGCUUUACUGAUGCUUGAAGCCAGGGUGUGAAAUUCUUUCUAGGUUGUGGUGGAUCACUUCACUAAGAUUUGGAGGGAGGGGAAUCCUUUUCAGCGGUCCUUUCAAUUCUCCUUAACCUUGUAGACAUCUGGAAAGCGUUGCGUAGCUCUUCUUCCAGUUUAGAUAAGGGGGAAGGAAACAAAACAAAACCCUGACAAACAAGGAUCCACAUUCCUUUAUCUUUUUGUCAGAUCCAGUAGUUUACAGGCUACUCAGAUGCUGCACUUAGUCAUUUUAUUGGUGAUGACCAAUCCAAAAAGCAACAAUCCCCAUCUUGAGACAUUUCUGCCAAUUCUAAGCGUGUACCAAAUGCAAGAAGACACAUAAACGAAGACCGAGAGGCUGGAAAUAGGAUGCCCACAGUAGAGAACCACAUCACUGGCUUGGAGAGCUUGACGGUAUGGGUAGUGAGCCUUUUGUGUGUUCAGAUCUUGGGGAAGGAGGUGAUAGACCUUGAUGAGGAGGUAGGUUCAGGUAAUCCCAACACCCAUGAUCUGUACAUUCCAAGUUUAAGCAAAACAGAAGAAUUGGAGCCUCUUUUUCUUCAAAACCAUGAUCAUAGUCCGUUUGAGUUGCACGCUGUGAAAAUUGAAGCAAUGGAGAGAAAGGAUUUGUCUCGUUCUCAGUUUGGGAAAAUGUUUCUGCUACGACCUCUGUACGACCCCCAGUUUUACUUAGUAUAACCAAACUCCCAGUUGAAAGUAUUUCAGCCUUUGGGGACAGCGCUUAUUUCUUUUUCCCUUUCUUUGUACAAAAGCAUAUUUGAAGCCUCUUUGCUAAAGAUUUUUCUGAAGUAAGGCACAUUGUUUACUACCUUCAAGAUAUUGUUUCACUGGAAAUUCUCCCCUCGCCCCUUCACAAAAGAUGUUGAAGAGGGACCUGAGCAAUUAUUUGCAGCAGGGGGUUAAGAUCCACUGGGCUGGUGAAGUUCCCGGUGAAUGACUCCUCAUAUUUUUUUAAGUCAAAGGAAAGGAGGAACACCCCCUGGCAAAAACCCUUUGCUUCACGCUUCUUUAACUACUAAAUGAUCGGGCUUCCAUACUAGAAAAUAGUCUUGCACUAAUUUUUCCCUGUUGCGCCCCCGUUGUUUUUUUCUUUUCUUCUUGUCUCCUUUCUCUUCACCCCACCACCCUUCAAAUUUAGAUUAAGUGUAAGCUGCUAAAUGUUUUUCGGGAGAAAAUAUGAUCACUACUUUUGAAUGUCUUUGUUUCUUAUAUCAAGCCUUGCUUUUCCUUCACAUUAACACUCUGCUCAUAUUUGAUCACAAGCGAUAGCAACAGUGGGACUUUCUUUUGUGCGUGUGUGCGAAAGUACAGCGUAAAGGCUGACCUGUUCCAUUCUCGUUUGAUGCUUCAUGUCUUAUGCAUCUUCCAACUUCCUAAACAAAGAGGUGUUCAGGGUUUUUAAGGUUUCACCUGAUUUUUACCUAAAAAUGCUUUAUACUCAUUUGCUUUUCCAAAGCUUUCAUUUUGGAUCUCCUUUUCAGUCACAGCAACACAGUGCAGAAGUGCUAAACUUCUAAUCUUUUUCUUGCUACUUCUUUCAAUAGGCAGCACAGCAUAUAAACCCAAAGCUUGGACCUCUUCCUUUGAAGGUAUAAACUGAUUCCUUCUUUAUUUGUAAAUUAGCCACCAUAUUGAAUUCUCCUUUCCCUCCUUCCAAUGAGGGUUAUUAUGUUUUGUUUUCAUGAUGUAUAUGUUUUCAUGAUUACAAUGUGUGUCUCCUUUCUUUUUAACAUCGGGCAAGGAAAUGCACACCAAAGCUUCACUGACCUAAGAGCCAGCUUAAGAUCUAAGUUCUAAGAGAAGAAACAUUGCUUCUGCAGUAACUCCAUUUUCUUUGUAAGACUUAGCUCAAUCUUCCAUAUUCCAUUGCGGCUUUUGCUAAAUCGGAGAACAGCAUCCUGACUUCACCUCUUUAUGAAGUACAUUCUUUCAGCAUUGACUUCUGCCACCUCUGUGUACAAGCCCAGAAAGCAGAUCUUGAAGUAAGUAGAGUGUAGGGCACCACAACCAUUUUUAUCUCAUUUGUAAUACACCAUCAUGGUUAUUCUUAAUGGGGGAUUAUAAAGUUACACACAGAUUGUGAACGAAGAAAAGGAAGAUUUACACCCAUAAGGACAGUCGUCCCAUCCAGUGAUACCUCUGUAUUAAUUGUUUAUAAGGUUUGGGAAUAGGCUUAGGAGGUUAAGAAUAAUUUUCCCUGUAAAUUAUAGUAUGUAAGAAACUUAACCUGUUGAGUAUCUGGCACUUGAAAAACCUUGCUUUUUACCGCUGGAGGUCCAGGACUGUGGCUGACCUCUGUCAUUAUUAAAAUAAUUUUUUAAAAGUUUAAAAUAUGUAAAAAAAAAUCUGUGCAAUAAUUUUAAACUGUGCUCCCAGGAAUAGACACAAAUGUGUUUUUUGGGGGGGAUUUUUAUUUUGAGUAUAUUUAAACAGCAUUUUCUUUUCCUUUAGCAAACACAAAUGUCAAUUGCACUGAACUUAAAUCUUUUAAAAAAAAAGUCAGAGGUGAUUCUUGAUAGUACUUUUGUAUUUUGAUAUGGACAGUCUGUUCGUUUUUCAUACAAGCUCUUGAACUGAUGUUUUCAGCUUCCUUCGAAAAAAAAAAAGUGUAUAAAAACGAGAUGGUGUUUGAAGUUUUUUGACACAGCUGCAAGAUUCCACAGCAACGUUCAUAUUUCUGAUUUUGCAACUGUUUAGCUCUUGUUCUUUUGGUUGGUUGAUUUGUUUGAUUCUUGCCAUUUAAGUAUGAUAUAGCAUGUAGACUUUAUUGAAGCUUCAUUAUCACAGCUGUGUUAUCAACCAAAUCCCGGGCUGAUCCCCCCUCUUUCCUAUAUAAUUUUGCUUUUAACACAAUUCAAGGAAGACUGUUAUUUAUUUUUUUAUUUUUUUUGUGGGCCAGAUGUUCAGUCUUGCUCUUGAGUUCCACAAGCCACAUUCCAAAAUCCCAAGUCCCACACCUGGCAAAAAAAAAAGUAACUUCAUUCCCAUGGCCUGCAGACCCUACCAGUCUUUCUAUGUUCCAUGCCUUUAUAAACCCAUUGCUGUUAAAAAGAGUAUUCUAUAGGAUAGUAGGUAUUUUGGAGAGGUUUUGUUUUGUUUUUUUCUUUCUUUCUUUCAUCGGAUCUGUUUGUUGUGCUGUACAUCUUCCUUCUUUCCCUCCACACGGCAGCUUCCCUGUCUUUUAUCAUCCCAUAGCAUGGGUCAUUUGGGAGGGGAGGUUAAAGUGAGGAGAGGUGUUGGCAGCACAGCUUUUAAAAAACAGGUAUUGCAGUAGGGCCAGAUGUAUUGUGGUUGUUUGUGUGAUAGACAUUGAACUGAAAGCCUGGAAAUCUCCCAACUGUUGACUGCUGUCUUUUCAUCAGUGUGCCACAGUGCUGCUCCAAUUGUGAACUGACUUCCUUCUCCUUUUCAGUAAGACAAAACUUUGAGUGUCUGGUAUGAAGCGGGGGGAGAGAUGAGCACAGUAAAAAGGGCAAUUCAAACACCCAUGCAGAACAAACAGAAUGGAAAAUCCCCAAAGCUGCCAUUCCUCAUUCCAGAAUAUAGCUUAUUACGUGUAAGGCCUUUCCACGUUGUAUUUUAUUUUCAACACUAGCAGGGAUAUGGCGGGCACUGUUGAGAAAUAUCAAAAUGUCCCUUGGCUAUUUGUCAUUCGCUUUCCCACCAUUGUUUUUUAACUUGUGUGCCCACGCAGGUUUUAAAAGCAGAAGUAAGCCUGGUUGAACUGGGAACACGAGUGAAAACGAUAGGACCCAAUCCCUCUUCAUGCAACGUAGUCUGCCCUAUAAGAGUUCUUCCAUUCAAAUGGCUUGAGCAAUGCAGCUUUAAUAAUACCACUUUCCCAUGCUUUUGAUUCCAUUCUGAUACUGGUUAAAGCCUAGAUCUGGCUUCCCCAAUCUGAUGCCCUUAAGAUCAUUGAUCUACAUCUUCCCUCCAUCUCCAAUCACCGUGAUUGGAAAUUGAAUUUUGCCAAGACUAAGAAAGCUGAUUUAUGCAUGGGCGUGCCGUGAAGAAAAAUCUGAAGUACAGAUUGAAAUGGGUUUCAUGGCUGUUUAACAGCCUGCAUAAAAUGAAUGUUCAUUAUUGAAAUGACACAGCCAGAAAAUGUUUUGAAGGUAAUAUUUACCAAUUACUACAGUGGUUGAAGUUCGUCAGAUUGUUUUAAAGGAGCUUGGCAUUUAACUUUUGGAUAACUUAAUAUUGAAUAAGUUAAUCGUGGUGGAAACAUUGGGAGCAGCUGUUAACAUCUUAGGGCAAACCUCUAAGGUGUUUUGGACAGCAGGGGUGAUGUGUUUAAAAUGGGUGAAAAUCCUCUUCCACUACUGUCAAAUAAGAUAGUGACGUGGUUAGGAUGUGGUUAUGACAAAAUGUCUGUCCUCAUUUUCCUAGGUUAUUGGGUUAAAGCUAGGGCAUCCUUCCCAACCUGGUACCUAGGUUACCAAGUUGUGGGAAUAACCACACAAUUUGCAGCCAUCUAGAUGGUUAGAGUACAGUUGUAGUUCUAAUAAAUUUUGGCGGCCACCAGAUGAAAGAAGGCUAAUUUAAGGUUCUUAAUGUUACCUUUGAAAGCAUUGUUUUGUUAAUUGGUUGUUAAAAGUAUUUGAAAUUUACAAUGAGGCCUGAAACUCUGAGCCUCUUUCUGGAAACUUGGUACCAAAUUAGUGUGUGGUUUGGGAAGUAGGGUGAAAGUAAAACAUUUUGCAUCUAGAUAAAUUGAAGACUGUUGAAUUUUAUAGUAAGCUAAAUAAGAUUGAAAGAGACCAAAAGUUUAUACCAAUUUGAAUUUUAUUUACUGAUUUAUUUAUUUUUUGCAGUGUUAAUGUAUUAAAAAAAAUCAGCAGCCCUGUCUUCCCUCAAUUCAGAAGUAAAAAUAUGUAAAGCCCAGAUUACUUUCUGCAUUUUUAUGCUGUGUCGAUUGGUUUUGAGAAAGCAGCAAAACUGCAAAAUGGUCAUUGGUCAGGUAUGGUUUUUAAAUAAAAAAAAGCUACAGACUCUCCAUGAAAUGUGUAAUUUCAAAGGAGGGAAAAGUACAUUUGGAUAUUUAGAUGCCCUUUUCCAAUUUUAGCUGCAGGGGAAGCUCUUGGGUUAAGAAGCACAGAUUCAUCUGCAUUAAGAAGCAAUGAGCAAAAAGUAACAUUGGCUAAGCAAGGGCAUCUGGAAUUCCCAGUAUUUGGGAAUGGAUUUGAAAAAUAGAAAAUUGUUAGCAAAAGGAAAGGAUUCUGAAUUUUCCCAAAAGGAAGGCAGCAUUGUGGCACAUGAGCAGUGACAGAAUCUUCAUAGUUUAUGCUUAAAAAGAUUGAUGUGCAAACAUGCUGAAGUACUAGCACGCACCAUAAGAGCCCACACCAUGUUGAUUUUAUUCUGUAUUGCAUUUGGACUCUUACCACCUCAUGUCAACUGCUGAAUUGCUGUCCUGCUUCUCUCAAAUAAGCCUCCUUUCAAGCAUUUGUUCUGCUGGCUUUCUGUAUGUCAAGAUUUAUGUCCAGAAGUUGAACAGAGGGAGCAGCAGGAGGACACCUAAAGAGAGCUCUAGAUUCGGAUAGCAGCAAAGGGUGUUUUUUUUUUAAGAAGAACUGCUUUGAACUUACUCUUCAGAGGAAAACCUACAGCUUUUCUGGUAUUUCCCCAGAUACAAACAGAUGCCUCAUUGUCAAACUCAUAAAUAACCACAGCCACAGAUGUCAAUGCUGUAAGAGUUGUCCAGCAACCAUUACAAUAAAGCCUCUGUUAGGUCUCCGUAUGUUGAGGUCUAUCAAACAAAAUCAUGAUUUUUAAUCAUCGCCUGGGCUGCUGCUUUCUUCUUUUUUUUUUCUCCCUCCCCACCCCCCCCUUCCCAUUUGUGGAUAAAUUCAGGAAAACCUUCUGUUUCGUUUAACUGCUUCUCCAGUGUGCUUUGCAAUCUUGUUUCUUGACAGGCUGCGGUGAACAGGUCAGUGAUCUAGAACACAAAAGGUUGUUUUGUUUUGUUUUUCUUUCUUCCUGCCGAUGCUUUCUCCUUCUCUCCUGACUUUGACGUAGUUGUAAAAAAAAUGGUUGAAUCUGGAGUUACAAAUCUUUGGGGGUCUACUUUGUGAUCCUAUCUCUAUAGCACUGGAUUAAAAAAAUGUCUACGCCAUUUCUUCAGAUAUAUAUCUACACUUAUACCAGUGUAAAACCAGCCCAUGUGAGAGGGUUUUUUUUUUCUUUGCUUUUCUACUUCUUCAGAAAGACUUUAUUGUUCAGUUUUCAUGAUUUAUUGUCUAAAGAAGACUGAUAUAGAUGUUCUAUACUGUCCUGGACCCAUGUUAAUUACACCUUUUAUGAUGUACUUUGGUUCCACAUCACAAUGAUUUUCUCUCUCUCCCACCCACCCUUAAAAUUCUCUUUCUUAAUCCUUUUUCCAGGCACAUUUUUUCUGUUGCAGGUUUCCCUUUGCAUUGUAUUGCUCUGACAAAUGUAAUUUGAAUCAGAUCUGAAAGAGGUCCAGAAUAAAAUAUAUUUUGAUACGAU